GGGCAGAACAGGAUGAGAAUCUGCUUCUGAAGUCAAGUCGCACUUGAAAUCCAAUAAUGACAAAUUUUGUAUCCAAUUCUUCAGUAUUUGAAUGACGUAAAUUUGUCGUAAAAGAGGACAAUGUUUUUGUCAAGUGCAAUUCACUCUCAUCAUAUGACCCUGUAAAGCAUUUAAUAACGAGUAAUGAAGGCCUGCGAUGUGGAAGAGUUGACGUCACACACGUCAGUGUCAACUCGCGAGAAGUGCAGGCCUGUGCCGAUUUGACGUGGAUAUGUGAAGAAAAGCUGUUCAUGAAGAGGAUCUGAUAUUGAAAUGUAGCGUGAUGUUGUAUGGUUGAAAAUUCUUCGGCACCAGUGAGAAAGACAUUCCUUCGUUAUAAAUUUAUUCUUUAAAAUGCCCACAAUGACGUGCCCUGGGAAUGGGAUCUACGUGGUCCAGGGAGAAAUGACAAUUAUCCUCACAGCGAUGCGAAGAGAGGCCAGGUGGUCUUCUCAUGUGCAUCAGGAUGAGGAUCAAGAUCCUUUGAUAAGAAGUUUUAGUCAUUUGAAAGAUACGUUGAACCAAAUAGAUGAUCUAUUUGAACUUGAUCCCAACACCUUUCUUGGUAAAAUUGAGUUUCACUGUCCUUUCCUGGAAGUGAUUAGAUCCAUAAAAACCACUGGUCCAGUGACCAGUCUUGCUCUGUCAUCAGUAAAUAAGUUUCUUUCAUAUGGUUUAUUAGAUCCCAAUGGAAAAGCAGUUGCAACAGCAGUAGAGAAUAUUGCUAGUGCAGUUACUCGUGCAAAGUUUGUUGGUACUGAUCAAGCUAGUGAUGGAGUGGUCCUGAUGAAAAUUUUACAGGUACUUCGCACUCUAAUGUUAUCACCCGAAGGAACAUUGCUUACUAAUGAAAUAGUGUGCGAGAUUAUGAAAAGCUGUUUUAGACUUUGCUUUGAGACAAGGCUUAGUGAAUUAUUAAGGAGAACUGCAGAACAUUGUCUCAAAGACAUGGUUCAGCUUCUUUUCACAAGACUACCUCAGUUUUCAGAAGAUUUUAGAGUUCCUGUGAAUCUAAAGAAAUUAAAAAUGAGGACUGAAAAUAUGAAUUCUUCUCGAACAAAGAGGAAGAGCAGAUCAUCAGCACAAUCAAAACAUAAUAGAGUUGCACCAAAAGUUGAUGACAAUCCACAAACAGUUCCAAAGAAAAGAGAAGUCUUGACUCCUACAGACAAUCUAAAUUCUGAAGAUACAUCAAGUCCUGCUGACAGAAAUAUGCUUCAUCCUGCACAUCUUGCCACCACACCUCUGACACCUGCAGGAAACAUAGUGGACAUGCAGGGAACAAUUCACCAAGAGACACCAGAAAUAGCCGAAGCUACCACACCUACUCAACCAUGUGAAGUCCCAGAAAUAUCUGUUAGUUCAGAACAAUCUAAUAUUUCAAAACCUGUUGAAGCAAGUUCUCCAGAUGCUGAUAGUUCAAAUCUUUCAUCAUGUGUAGUCAUAAAUGUAGAAAUUGAGAGUUCUGGAGGAUUUGAAUCACCAGGACUUUCAAGCAAAACAUGCUCUGUUGAAGAUGUCAGUUUGUCAAGUCCUCAGGAAGAGACGAAACCAUUACUUGAGGACAGUGCUCAUGAAGAAAUUGUACCCACAACUUCAACCACAACCACAACCUCAGUUGAAGCUCCUGAUACACAAUCAGUUGCAGUAGUGGGUCAGACUGGAGAGGAAGAAAAUGUGGAUGAAACCAAAGAGAAGUCUGAAGUUUGUGUACAGUUGCAAAUUGAUUCCCCCGUGGCACGUCCGGAAGAGGAGGUUGUAGAGAAUAACCAUUCACAAGAUGACCCUCAAAACAGAGAUUAUGUAAAUCCAAGGGGAGUGCGUUUCACCAGUGAAGAAAGAAAAGAGAAUGGUUCUCAACCUUUGGUGCCGCAUGGACUGGUGUGUGUGAGAGAAUUGUUUCAGUUUCUUGUGUCAUUGUGCAACCCCCUUGACAAACAGAACAAUGAAACUAUGGUUCAUCUUGGCCUCACAUUGCUAACAGUUGCUCUGGAGGUGGGAGCAGACAGCAUUGGCAAAUUCAAUUCUCUCCUGGGGCUGGUUAAGGAUGACUUGUGCAGAAAUCUAUUUUCACUCCUGAACUCGGAGCGAUUGUCAAUAUUUGCAGCUGAUUUGCAAGUCUGCUUUCUGUUGUUUGAAUCGCUGCGAACACAUCUCAAGUUUCAGUUGGAGACUUACCUUAACAAACUAAUUGAUAUUAUUGUAUCAGAUUCAACAAAAAUUCCCUAUGAACAAAAGGAAAUUGCUCUAGAAUCAGUUGUUCAACUUUGGAGAAUCCCUGGUUUAGUUACUGAAUUGUACUUGAAUUAUGACUGUGACCUGUAUUGCCCUAAUUUAUUUGAAGACUUAACUAAGCUUCUUUCUAAGAAUGCCUUUCCCGUCACUGGUCUCUACAACACGCACUUGCUGUCAUUGGACGCUCUACUGACAAUCAUUGAUUCCAUUGAAGCACACUGUCACAGUCGAAUUCUCAGUGAACGUCAAGAAGGAAAAGGAGAAAACGGUAUGAGUAGUGGUAAAGAUGGAAGUAGCUUGGCAUUUACAUCACUGAAGAGAUCUGCUCGCCAAAAAAUAUCUGAUAAUAUUCCCAGUCACGAACAGUUAAUGGCCAUUAAACGCAAAAAGAAGCUUUUAUCAACUGGAACUGAACAGUUUAAUGCCAAACCUAAGAAAGGCAUUCAGUUUCUUCAAGAAAACAACUUGCUUUCAUCUCCUCAGGACCCUUCAGAAGUUGUGCAUUUUUUACGUGAGAAUCCUCGUCUAGAUAAAAAAAUGAUUGGCGAGUACAUAAGCAAUCGUAGCAAUUUGACGGUUCUGGAUUGCUUUGUGAAGUCAUUUGAUUUCACUGAUACUCGUAUUGAUGAAGCUCUCCGUCUUUAUUUGGAAACUUUCCGACUUCCUGGAGAGUCUCCUUUAAUAUCUCUUAUAAUGGAGCAUUUUGCUGAACAUUGGCAUAAAUGCAAUGGAGAACCAUUUGCAAAUGCUGAUGCUGCAUUCACUCUUGCAUAUGCUGUCAUUAUGCUAAAUGUGGACCAACACAACUAUAAUGUGAAAAGGCAAAAUAAUCCAAUGACCAUCGAAGAGUUUAAAAAGAAUUUGAAGAAUGUUAAUGGUGGCCAGGACUUUGAUCAAGAUAUGUUAGAUGAUAUUUACCAUUCCAUCAAAAAUGAAGAAAUUGUGAUGCCAGCAGAGCAAACUGGUCUUGUGCGGGAGAACUACCUCUGGAAAGUACUGCUGCGCAGAGGGGCUGGCCGAGAUGGUUCAUUCGUGCAUGCUCCCAAUGGCCUCUACGAUCAUGAUUUGUUCUCUCUGAUAUGGGGACCUACUGUUGCUGCUCUUAGUUUUGUCUUCGACAAAAGCAACGAUGCCACUAUAUAUCAAAAAGCGAUAUCUGGCUUCAGGAAGUGUGCCAUGAUUUCUGCUCAUUACGGCAUGAGCAAUGAUUUUGACAAUCUAGUAAUAUCUCUUUGCAAGUUUACUACUCUUCUUAAUAGUGCUGAAACUCCAGAAAAUCUAACUAUAUCUUUUGGAGCUAAUCCAAAGGCCCAAUUAGCUGCUAAGACAGUGUUCACUUUAGCUCAUCGCCAUGGAGACAUUCUUCGAGAAGGUUGGAAAAAUGUGCUUGAUUGUCUCCUCCAGUUAUAUCGAUGCAAACUUUUGCCAAAGGCACUUGUUGAGGCUGAAGAUUUUAUUGAACAAAAUGGAAAGAUAUCAUUACUCCGGGAAGAAACUCCUUCACAGAAAACAGAAACAGGACUUUUAAGCUCUAUUUAUUCAUACAUUGCUUUGGCUUCAGAGACUUCCAACCAAAAAGUGCCAUCAGCUGAAGACCAAAAACAUAUUCAGCAGGCACAAACUUGUGUUCGUGAGUGUCAUCUGGAACAACUUAUCACUGAAUCAAAGUUUCUACGCUUGGAUUCCUUGCAAGAACUAGUUAGAGCUCUUAUUUUUGCUUCUCAUGGACCUGAUGGCCUCAGUUAUGAUGAGGAUGUUGCAGUAUUUUUCCUUGAAAUGUUACUAAAAGUUGUCAUACAGAAUCGGGAUAGGGUAAAUGCUGUGUGGCAAGGUGUGCGUGACCACAUAUACGGUCUGAUGAUGGGCGCAGCUGCUGGAGAAUAUUGUUUCUUGCUAGAGCGUGCAGUUGUUGGUCUCUUGCGAUUGGCCAUUCGUCUUAUGAGACGGGAGGAUAUGAGCCCUGUUGUACUACAGUCACUACGAAUGUUGUUGCUCCUCAAGCAUACAGUACUUUUCCGUGUGUCACGCCAAGUGGCUUUUGGAUUGUACGAGUUGCUAAAAACCAGUGCAGCGAACAUUCACUCGGACACUGAUUGGGCAAUAAUAUUUUCUCUGUUAGAAUGUGUUGGCGCUGGGGCAUUACCCCCACGCAUUGUUGGAGAGAGUGGCAAAUCUUCAACUGAAAAUGCAACAGCCAAAUCAGAUGGAGAAGUUCCCCGAGAGGAGGAUAGUGGUUUGGGAAAUGACCGAGGAUAUACCUCAGAUUCAGAACUCAGUCGAGCUACCAUUUCCCCACGGCCCACCUCCCCCGAACUGAGCCCCAACACAGGGGGAGGUUGGAUUCUGGUGGGACGAGAAGGGGAGAUUCAGCCCUUGCAAGUACGCCCCCUCCCCAUCAACCAGUUCAGCAUUGUGUUGGAGCGGGAGCUGGUAGCUCAUGACCCCUUUGGUCUCGUUAAAUGUUGUGAGAGCCUUGCAUUCCUUGUUCGAGAUGUUGCUCACAUAACUCCUUACAACUUCGAGAACUGUAUUCAUUGCAUUCGUACCUUUGUGGAAGCUAGUCUCAAUGGAACAAAUAAGCCAAUGCUUCGAAAAACUCCUGGAUCCCCGAAGGAAACAAAGCAGCGUAAAAAGUCGUCAGGGAGGCGUAGAGAGGAUGGAUCAGCACCUCCACACAGGUCACGCAGUCCUCGGGACCCAAACCCAUAUGAUGCAGAUGAGAGUGAUUCAGAAGAGCUGCCCAGUGGCUAUCACCAAGUUUCUAUUCAGCUCCUCGACCUGAUGCACACAUUACACACACGGACCGCACAGAUUUUCCGAUGGUGGGCUGAAGAAAGUGGUGAUCCUGACUUCACAUCAUUGUGGGCUCGCGGGUGGUGCCCUUUGCUACAGGGCAUUGCUCGUCUCUGUUGUGAUAGUCGCAAGCAGGUGCGAACAAGUGCCGUCACCUACUUGCAGAGAGCGCUCCUUGUGCAUGACUUGCAAACACUAUCUGCUCAUGAAUGGGAGGGCUGUUUCAACAAGGUGCUAUUUCCAUUGCUAAGCAAGCUACUAGAACCCCUCAGCCCCUCUGAUCCACUGGGAUUGGAGGAGACACGCAUGCGGGCUGCUACUGUUCUUUGCAAGGUUUUUCUACAUCAUUUAACACCACUCCAAUCUUUGCCUACCUUCACAGCAUUAUGGCUUACUAUCUUGGAUUUUAUGGAUAAAUAUAUGCAUGCAGAUAAGAGUGACUUAUUGUGUGAAGCGAUUCCAGAAUCUCUCAAAAAUAUGCUUUUGGUGAUGGACUCAGCUCAUGUGUUUUCAACAUCUGAUGGAUACACACCUCUAUGGACGAUUACGUGGGACCGCAUUCAUGCAUUUCUUCCAGGUCUAAGAGAUGAACUUUUCAAGAGUCAUGCAGGAAAAGGAUCUGGAAGCUGUCAAAAUGUUUCAGGAGAGCCAGGCUCUAGGCAGCAAGCUGGAACGGCAGAGGAAAGGCCCCAAGACACUAGUGGUGUAGCUGCACUCCCUCAGCAACAGGUCUCCAGUGGCGAAAUGAUUUCUACCCCUAUUGGAGCUCCAGUGCCUCCCACUACGCUUGUGCCCUCACAGCUGGACACAACGAGGUCGACACUCCUUCCAGAGCACACUCACACCCCUACGCUUCCUCUCUUUGUUCCUGCCGUGAGUGCUCCCUCUCCGGUCCCUGCCUUUUCAGCAUAUGCUGUGCAAGUAAGCGAUGCUUCAUCCACCACGAGAGUUUUCCCAGCCCACUACUUCUAUUCGGACCCACAGCAAGCCAGUACCCAGCAAGUAUUCCCUGUGUCGGUGGCUGCUCCUCCCAACGUGACUGGCAGCCCUCCAUCUUCACUAGCACCUCAUUUAUUUCUUCCCAGUUCUCCACCUACUGUGACAUCAGUACCCCUUCUGUCAUCAGUCAACUCACCUGACCAAGUAAUUCACAGUGGACCUUAAUGUUCCACUACUUAGGUAAUUGGGAUGUUUUAUUUAUGAGUAACAAAUGAAUACAUGUUGAGUAGCAAAGUGUUAUGCGUGUAUACAUUUAUGUACAUUCUGGUAGAACGGUUUAUAUUGUGAAUUAUGUAUUCUUAAAGUUAUCGAUGUAUCUAGCCUGUAGAUAAGAUUUUACUGUUUAAUAUUUUAUAUGCAGUCUGAGAAAUAGCAAGUAGGAUAAAUGAGGCAGGAGCCUAUAUGUAGAUGGAAACGGGUGGUCAAGUGUGUACUCUAAGAAAUGAUUGUUAAAUCAGUUGUGUAGAAAAAUGCAUUUUUGUUGCAUUUAGACUAUUGGAUAAAAAAUACCUGUUUGGAAUUGGUAGUACAAGGGUACAAAUCUAUGUUUAAGUUGCAAGAAUCUGCUUGCAUCAGAACUGUCAUCUUUCAUGGGACAGUAAAUAUGAAUGUUUGGGGUCACUAGUUGAAAUUGGUACUCUAAACAUAUUCAGUUUGUAAAUAGUAUAUUGUAUUUAUUGUGAUGUCAAAACAGAAUGUUACAGUUGAAAAAAUGUGAAGAGGAAGUAGUCUGAUGACUCACUGAUGUAUUUGUGUUCCAUCAACUAAUGGAAAGAAGUUUCAGGAAAAAGAAAGUAAUGUCAACUUAAUGUUUUCAAUGAACUAAGGAUAAAUUUGUUAAAAUUCAUAAAUAUCCAAGAUUGUUUCCAAAAAAAGGGAACAAGUAAUUGUCUAAAAAAAUUGAUAUAAUGUGUAAAGAUGAGUUUAUUAAAUUAUCAAGCUGUUUUAAAUUCAAUCUUUCUCAUUGUUUCCUGGAAAUUUCUGAAGUAAAUAAAGGGAUAGGGCUAUUCAGAUUUAGUUUUUAUAAUGAAUUAAGGUAAAUAUUGCUGUGGAGUUAUAAUUACAAAUGAAGUGCCAGCUGUUUUUGAUAUGUUAAAAGCAAUACCUUAAAAUAAACAUUUAUGACCAUAUUCUUGUGACUGUAAAAUUUUCCGAACUUUAAAGUACUCUCUUGAUAUUUAAUUUAUGAACAGUCUUUAUCUUGAAAUUUCUACUUACACAAUAAAUUUCGUGACAUUUCAUAUCAAUAGAUUCCAGAUUAUGUCUAUCAAAAAUAAAAAAAUAGAAAUGUUUUUGAAAACUGCUUAUCUCUUUUACAUUACCAGAUAUUUAGUUUUCUUACAAAAAAUGUUCAAUCUUAAAAAAAUAAUUCUCAUUUAACAAAAGUAAAACUUGGAAAAAUCAUAAGCAUAUAGGAUGAGAAGUGAGAUUCUCAUUGCUCUCCUUUGAAACAAUAGUGCAGAGAAAACCAAAGAAUAUUUCUGAGAAUUUCUUCUUACCCUGCUAAAUCUCAUAACUAUUGUUCAGUGGGUUCCUUGUUUACUAUGAAAUUAGUUCAGUUUAGUGACAGUCUAUACUUUUAUAAAGUAAUUAUUUGUUUACAAAAUAUACGUACAGGAUAAAUAUUAGCAACUCUUUGUAGGAAUUCAGCAUAUUUCAAAGUAUUUCACAUGGUUCCUAGUACCUUUCUUUGUUUCAGUAGGUUGAUAAAAAAUUUGAAAUUUGUAUUUGUUUUAGUUUCCUAUCUGUAAAGCUGAAUAUGUUAUUGUUUCGCCAAAGCCCAUUUUUGAUCAAAAUUUAAUAUGAUUUCUUAUUUUUGUGAUGUGCCGCAUCUUGAAUAUUUUAUCAAUUCUUUAAUGUAUUGUUAUGUAUUUUGUGAUGUAAAUUUUAUGUAAUGUUUUUUGAAAUUGAUUCACUGUUAAUGUGCUUAUACAGGUGUGUAUGUUAUGUUUGUUUAUAAAUGGGCCAUCUAUUCCCAACCUUUUAAAUAAUCAGACAAUUCUGACAAGUUUGUUUUCUUAUUUACAAUAAUGUAUUAUUUUAAGCAACUUUUAUUAAAGUUUUUGUAGGCAGAAAUCCCAUACUUUUAAAGCGAAAAACUGGGACACAAAACAAAAUUAUGAUAGGGACCUCCCUACCCUAUCAUGAUUUCCCGUCUCAUAUGAAUCAAAAUACCAUACUUAAUGAACAAAGAAAUAAUUUGCUCCUUUCAAUUUAUAUAAUUAUGAUACUGAACAAUUAUAAAACAAACUAAUUAUUUUUAAAAACUUGAAAAAGUUUUCUAAGUUAAAUACUCCAUGGCAGAUACCACAUUCCAGUUUGUCAUUGGAACGGCCAGUAGUUUCUUUUUAGGAACGAGAACUGGAGCCUUUAAAUUUCCUCUGAAAACAAACUUUUUCUUGGGUGUUUUGUGGCUUCUUUUUUUAUUAUUAUUAAAAUAAAAUGUCAUGAAACUACUUGAAAUUAUUUCAAAUAAGAACUACCUCUACACAUUCAUACAAAAAGGAAUGACACUUUGUAAUGAAUCAUUGUCAGGUUGACUAACAGUUCUUCAAGAAACACAAAGUCUUGCAUUCAAAAUAGCUGAAUGUACUAUCAAAAAAGAUCAUACUUAAAAAUUUUAAAAAAAACUUGUUUUGGGAUGUCAGUGCAUGUUAAAAGUCUGGGACGUACGGGAUCCCUAUCUUGGGCCACUGUCAGGGAAUUUAAAAUGUUCAGAAGAUGAAAUCACAUCAGUCAAUAAUAUUAUUGUUGAAUUACAAAAGUGCAGUAGAACCUAAAACAAGAAGUGUUCCUUGUUCUGUAGAAUUGAUCUUUGUAUUUUCUUUAAUCUUGAAGGCAGUCAUUUUCAUUGAUUAAAUGCUAGUCAAAAUUAUUUCCAUCAGUAAACAAGAAUAACAUUUUCAUAAGAAUGGUGACACUAUUGACAAUUUUGCAAAAAAGAAAUAUUCAGUUGUGAAAAAAAUUGCCUAUGAAUUUUAAGUAACUUUAUAUGCUAAAAAAAAAAAAAUAGAAAUAUA